AUGGUGAUCACCUCCUCUUCUUUUCCACUCUUGGCACCAGUGAUGAAUAAGGCGAAAAAGCGCAUGUCAUGCCCUGACCCGACAACGGUGAUACAUAAGAGUAUCCAUUUGGAGGAGAGUACCAUCUCCAAGCAACAGCAGCAACAACAGCAACAAGUACCCGAUCCACGCGAUUGGGAAGAUGGACCCGUGUUUCGUGCAACGAUCACUCAACUUGAAGCGAGGACACGUAGCUUGAAAGCAGCCAUCAAACACAUUCUCAAGACGGCUACAGCAUCAUUACGAGCAAAUCAAGCCUUGUUACAAGCCGACGCUGAAUUUAUUGCUGCACUACGGGAGACAUCCAGCACUGAACCUCUCUUUCGACAUUAUCUCGAUGAUGCUUGGCACAAUAUGCGACAACAGCGUGAACAGCUUCAACAUUCAAUGCAAACGCUUCUCAUUGACCCAUUGCAGAAACUGUACGACAUGGAUGUAAAGCAAGCGGAGGUGAAACGGCGUCAAUUUGAAGAGGAGAGCAAGAGAUACUAUGCUUGUUUAUCGAGAUACCUCGGCAAGAAAUCCACCAACAAGAGCGAGAAUAAGCACUUGGCCAAUACGCGGCGUUUCGACAUGAUACGUUUCGAUUACUAUACCUUCUUGAUGGACUUGCAUUGUGGCAAAAAGGAUACGGAGCUCCUGUAUCAUCUACUCAACUUGCAACAAAAGCAACACAGCUAUCAUGCGGCCAUGUCCGAUAUUCUCGAUAGCAGUUCUUCAGGAUUACAAGCAUUUGCUUCUCUUAUUGCCGAUGCAUCUCGUGAACAUACCGCCAUGUACAAAGAGCGUUCAGAAACACGCAAAGCUCUCGAAGCUGGAUACAAGGAGGCAGCGGCAGCAACAACAAUGACAACUUGUCUUGCUCAACAACCGACAAAUCCCUCGACUGUUUUAUCCAAUGAUGAAUCACGGGCCUCCCUUGGCGUUACUAGUGGCGUUGUUGAUGAUCGAAAGGCUGAAAGUUUAUUUCACGGCAUCCGGGAUCUGCAGUGCUACGAUCGUGACCUCAAAGGUGCUGUUGGACGACGUAAAGAAGGGGUGCUUUUUGCUACAUCUCGACCACUCAAAGUCAAUGAUUCGGAUAAACCUCCCACUGGUGUUCCUUGGCACAAGUAUUGGUGCGUCUUGAGUGCCGGUCAAUUGUAUGAAUAUAGCAAUUGGAAGCGAAGUUUGGAGUCACACAUGGAACCUGUGAAUUUACGAUUUGCAACCGUACGCGUGGCUCGUAAGGCGGAUCGACGAUUUUGCUUUGAAGUUAUCACACCCAAAUUCCGACGACUGUAUCAAGCAACAUCACAAGACGAUAUGCAGGCAUGGAUUACAACUAUCAACAAUGCGAUCGAGAGCGUGUUGAAUGGUCAAGGAAGCGUAUUGGAUCUUGUACACCCACAGCAAGAACAAAAUCUUGAACACAAAAGGCGGCCAAAGUCAUGGGUUGCAGUAGCAGCAGCAUCAGGCAGCCACAAACUCUCCUUGGAAGGUGCACUUGUUAAUCUGACGACCGAUGCCAGCAAGGAGAAGAAGAGGAAAUUGCAUCGUCAUUCUAUCGGGCACACACAAAAUCCCGCCAACAAGCGUCGUGCAUCGAUUGGGUUUUCUUCCUAUGAGCUUAUUCAAAAAGUCUAUCAAGCCGAUGAAGCAAAUAUUCGCUGUGCGGAUUGUGGAGAGGAGCGGCCUGAAUGGUGUUCAAUCAACCUUGGUGUAUUUUUAUGCAUCGAGUGCUCGGGAAUACAUCGUGGAUUGGGUUCACACAUUUCCAAAAUACGGUCAUUGACGCUUGACAGCAAUACGUUUACACCCGAAGUGAUUGAAAUGCUCUUAUCCAUCGGCAAUACACGUGCUAAUGCAGUGUGGGAUGCAUGUAAUGCUUGGUCAACGAUACCCAUGGAGUCACGAGAUGCAAAGGUUGAUUACAUUGUGGGCAAAUACCAGGAUCGGAUCUAUACAAAGGCAGCAAAUGAUACAACAACACCUCAACAGCAAUUAUUCGAUGCUAUCCAAAUCAACAACAUACCCAAAGCACUUGAAGCAAUUGCACUUGGUGCUGAUGUCAAUGCACGACGACAACAAAAGGCUACCGUUGAGGAUGGAAUGGUGAUUGGUGGACACAACAACAUCACUGACAACGAGCCACAAUUCAUCACAUUGCCGAUGCUUGAUGCAGAAGGAUGUCAUUUACCAGACCAGAGUCUUACACUUCCCCUUCCUUUGAAGCGACAAGCAAUUCCAUUAGCACAAUAUCCUCUUCAUUUAUCACUUGCGUCGGGGUCACUUGCAAUGGCUGAAUUCCUCUUUCAAAAUGGCGCUGAUCCAUCUAUUGUUGAUCCGGAAACCGGGUGCAGCCUGCAUGAUACCAUCACUAAUGGCAACUUGGUGCGUGAUCGAGCCAUGACUUAUUAUUUGCAGAGGAUCACCAAUAUCCAACACAAGACCAACAACAACGAUCAAUCAAUUCUUCCUACACACCAUCGCUUUUCGCAUACAUUUUCAUCCGAUAUUAUGGAAGAGAUAUCAUCAUCAUCAUCAAGGUGGCAGGAUAACAUUUAG